AUGCAGCCGGGACAGGUGCCGUGGAGCGAUGCUUUGCAGUUUGGCUCCACUGCCAAGACCGCCGCUGUGGCAGCAGUGGUGCCACCACGAUCUCUGCCCCGUCCGAGGACCACAUGGGCGAAGUCGGCGCUGGGGCUAGUUCCCGGGAGCUCUGGUGAGGUGCCGGCAGACGCGGGUGCGCAGGCACCUGCUGGUGUGGACGCGACACAUCUCGCAACCUCGAAGGUGGCUCCUUCCAAGCCUCCGGAUCUCCGUCGUCCCGCCGAGCCGGCCCACCCCCCGCGGCGCAGAGCCAAGGUCCCCCCCACUACUGCCGCGCCAUCCUCGGAUGUUUCUGGCGCGUUCGCUCCGCAUGCCAUGGCGGCAGGAGCAGUGCCCCCCGGUUAUGAACAAAUGAGCCUCGCUGCGCAAAUGCAGGCCAUGACGACUAUGUGCCUGGGCUUGGUCUUAUAG